AUGAUACUCAAGUCAGCUCUUAUAGCCGUCGCCCUUUGUGUCGCCAUUGAAGGAGCCGUUGCCCUCGAUCCAAAAUGUGCACCCGGAGGCAAUUUUGACCUGUCGUACUGGAAUCUUCAGCUUCCCACUGGUAAAACUGGCCAUCCCACGACCAAAACUCCAUCUCAACUGAAAGGCUGCAGUGGGUACCAGGAAUCCGGUGUUUUCUACACCGAUAGCAAGGAUGGAGCCCUAGUGAUGAAAGUCCCCGGCUCUCCUUCGUCUGCUGCUUGCGUGACAACUCCUAAUAGCAAACACUGUCGCACUGAGCUCCGUGAGCUUAGUUCCGAUAGUAGUGACAAGGCUAGCUGGAGUCCAUCUGCGUCGAAGAACCGACUAAAGGCCACGGUUACCGUACCAACACCGGAUGAUGGGUCCCACGGCACCGUCAUCGGUCAGAUCCAUAUCGAUGACACCAUCUCGAGUAAACCCGUCUGCGAACUCUAUUACAGCAAAUCAGGCGACCUAGUUAUGGGAGUUGAAAAGACGCGCGAUGGGGGCAACAGUAUCUUCACUAAGGUGGGAAAUGUCCCUGUUGGGACAAAGUUUACGUACGAGAUUCGAUAUGAGUCGGACGAGUUGAGCGUCAGCAUCAAUGGCGCGGCACCGCAGAAAUUGGAUACGUACUCGUUGGACUCACCGAAGUCCUAUUUCAAGGCUGGGAACUAUAAUCAGGGGAACUCAGCUUCGGAAGUGCACUUUUACGAACUGAAUGUUCAGCAUUAA